CUUAUUUAAAGGGCCAGGAGAAACAGUCUCCACUACUCUCUCACCAUGCGGGGUCUUCUUCUCUGCUGCCUGGUGGCUUUGGCUACAAGCCAAAACCAACGAUAUGAUAUGACCCUGAACCACAGGAAAACCUAUGAGUACAAAUAUGAAGGAGAGGUAAAGUUUGGACUUGGGAAGUAUGACAUGGCAGAGUCUGGGGUGCGAAUUACCUGCAAGGCCACGAUCAGCGGUUUAUCUGAACAUUCAUUCCUACUUGAGGUCUCUGAAAUGGCAUUUGCUGAGUAUAAUGGCUUUGAAGGCAACACGGACUAUAAAAUCUCCCCAAAAGUCACCAAACGUCUUGCUUCUGAGCUUGCCGAUCCUUUCCAGUUUGAGUAUAUCAACGGACACAUUACUCUGAUCACUGGACCUGCUCGGGCUUCCACUACUGCCGUCAACAUUAUCAGGGGUGUACUCAAUUUUUUCCAGUUGACUGUGAAGACUACACAGACCAUCUAUGAGCUGAAGGAGAUUGGAAUCCAUGGCAAGUGUCAGAGUAACUAUGAUAUUCAUGAAAAUGAGGAGACGAAGGAUUGGCUCCUUACUAAGGUUGUGGAUGUGACAAACUGCAAGGAUAAGGCUGUAAUGCACAGAGGAAUGGCAACUGCUCCAGUGGAGAGACUAGCCAAAGAGAGAGGAGAAUCUGUCAUUUCAAACAUGAAGUAUAAUUACACCAUCAAGCCAACAGCAGAGGGAGGUGUCAUAACCAGAGCUCACGGGUUUGAGCAACAGCACUUCAGUGCUUUCAAUGUGAAGGACGGCAAAUUUAAGAUGGAAGCAAUGAAUAACUUGAUGCUGCUGAGAAUCGACAACACAGCCAGAGGAAGAACACAUGGACCACUGGUAAACAAAGGCAACAUUAUCCACAAGUUUGAGGAUGUGGACAUUAAUUUUCCAAUGAUGAUGCAGAACCUGAAUAACCCAGUACCAAAGGCUAUAGAAUUGGUCAAGCGCUUGAGUGACUUAAAUAGAGCCUCUAUUGACAAUGCCACCACUGAGGACUCUAUGAAGCUGUACCAUCUCCUGCGAGUGAUACCCAAUGAAGGACUGGAAAACAUGUGGAAGGAGUUAGCUGGAAAUCCCACGUAUAGGUCUUGGUUUUUGGACUCAAUCGUUGAAAUUGCUGAUGUCAAAGUUCUGAAUUUCAUAGAGACCAGAUUCAAGGCAAAUGAUUUGACUCAUUUUGAAGCUUUGCAAACCAUCUUAAUGGCUUUUCACCAUCUUCAGGUCACACCUCAACUUCUUGAAAUUACUAAAGUUUUCCUCAAGCUGCCAUUCAGUAAAUCUGACCCCUAUCUGUGGCGGACUGUGGUACUUUCCUAUGGCUCUCUGGCGAACAAGUACUGUGUAUAUACUAUGCCAUGUCUGGUUACUGCUGUUCAGCCCCUGAUGGAAAUGGCUACAGAGGCUCUGAGGAGUGGCAACAAAGAAGAAAUGGUUAUCGCUCUGAAAGCACUGGGAAAUGCGGGGCACCCUGGGAGCAUGAAAACCAUCAUGCGUUUCCUUCCUGGAGUGUCUGUCACUCCUCUGGAUCUGCCUCUUCGGGUGCAGAGUGCAGCUGUCCAGGCAAUGAGGCUCAUGGUGACCAGAGACCCUCACAGUGUCCAAGACGUCACCCUGACCAUAUUUCUGCAGAAGCACGUUCCAGUUGAGAUUCGCAUGCUUGCCUUCAAGAUUCUUUUUAAGACUAAGCCUUCGAUGGCUCUUGUGUCCACUGUGACAGCUCAUCUGCUGGAAGAAACAGACCUUCAGGUUGCAAGUUUUGCAUACUCUUACUUGCAUGGUAUUGCCAAGUCCAAGGUUCCAGACAAUCAGUAUCUUUCGAUUGCCUCCAAUUUGGCUGUGAAAAUCCUUGCACCCAGACAUGGCCGUCUCUGUUUCUACUACAGCAAAGCAAAGCGUGCAGACUGGUUCAGUGAUGCAUGGCUAACUGGGAUAACAUCUGAAUUGUUCAUGAUAAAAAAUGCAAGCAACGUCAUUCCCUCAGAGAUUCUGUCAAAUAAUAAAAUGCACAUCAUUGGUCGAAUUAUUGAGUUACUGGAGUUGGAUAUCAGUUUUGAUGGAAUAAAGGAGCUGUUUGGAGAUCACAUUCCUGGAUUUAAAGGAGACUUUAGCAAGAAUGACCUUAUGGCUAUUCUCCAUGUGCUUCAAUCGUGGGAGAACAUGGACAAUGAAAAACCAGUCUUUUCAGUUUUUUCACGUAUUACAGGGCAAGAGUGGUUCUUCGCUGACAUGAGCAAAGACACCCUCCGAACUAUCAUCAAUGCCUUCAAAGCUGCUACGUGGAAAACAAGUCCGGUGUUGGCUAUGAUUGAGAGAUUACAGAAAGGAAUCUCAUGGGAUUACACACGGGCAUUUUUGGUCUUGGAGGCUCGUUACUUCCAAGCCACAUCCCUGGGGCUCCCAGUGGAGAUUAGCAAAUAUUAUAAUUCAAUCACUGCAGUCAACUUUAAUGUUAAAGCUGCAGUUAAUCCCCCUCCCACUGAAAGCCCUUCACAGCUCUGGAAUGCUGAAAUUACAAUGGAAACGGAUGGAUACGCUGGUUGCACCAAGGACUUUUGGGUUUUCUACGGGGUCAACACAAAAAUCUUCCAGAGUGGCUCAGAGUUAAAGCUUAAGAGGCCCUUAGCUGUACCAUGGAAGUUUUCUGCCAAGCUAAAUGUGCCAGAAAAGAAAUUUGAGCUUGAUUUCCCCCCUACCACAAAGGAAAUUGAAUUUCUUUCGACCAGAUCAGAUGUGUAUGCAGUGUCCAGGAACAUUGAAGAUCUAGAUGCAUCCAAAAUGACUCCAAUAAUGCCCCAAUCUGCUGCCCUCAAUGUAAUGAAACCCUACAUCUGGCAUCCUUCUCUGAAAAUGUGCCAUGAAGACAACAUUUAUGGAGUGGGUUUCUGCCUGGAAUACGAGUUAAAACGAGAGUAUCACGAUGAGGAGUACCCACUGUACUAUUUUCUUGGAUACAGCUACAUGGCAUUCAAAAUAAUUCCAGUUCCGACAACAAAAGCUGUUGAGAAAAUCCACUUUGAGCUUGUCAUUCAUCCCAGCAAACCUCCAAUAAGUGCACGCCAACUGUUUGGGACUCUGACAAGGCUUUCCAAGGAAGGGACAGAAGAAAUUGAUCCAUCUACAAACUCAUCUGAAAGAGACAGAGACUUCAAUGACAGACAUCUCAGCAUCCUUCUGGAAAGCUCGACAUCUAAAGCUAUCUUCAACUUCCAAGCUUUCGCCAUCAUUGAAAACCAGAAGCCUGAGGGUUAUGAUGCAAUUAUGUACCAUGUACCUGAAGCAAGCAUUAAAAAUGCCCAUCUAAUUGUGUCCCAAGUUGGAGCGGGCACCAACUGGAAGAUGUAUGUUGAUGCCAGUAUGGAUGCUAAAGCAAAGGCAUACAUCAUAUGGGGCGAUGAAAGUCAGCCCUAUGACAUCUCACUGGAAGCCACUGCUGCAUAUAUCGAUGGUUCCAAGCCAGAGCUCAAGGCCAAAGCACAAUGGACCAGGAUUUCAGAGUACUUGACUGACCUUGGCAAAAGAAUUGAACGGUACAUCCCAGGUGUGGCAUUACUUCAUGGCUUCUCCCAGAAAAAUGAGAGAAAUCCAGAGCAUGAAGUGUCUGCAAGAGUUUUUGGUGCCUGGACAGACGCCCUUGAUGUGGAGAUUAAACUACCAGAGUAUACACUGCACAAAGAUAUGUCAUUUCCGGUCCAAUGGUACAGCGACUGGCGUUGUCAUAACUUGACAAGCUCAACAGAAUAUUAAAUUAAAAACUGCAGAGCCCAGAUGGCAGACAGAUGCCUGAUGUACCAUUGUGGACAAACAACUGCAGCCAAAACCAGUAUUCUAAGCCUAUUGUCAGACUGUCAUCAGUUUUAAAAUUAUCAGUUUGUAUUAUGUUAUUGAAAAUAUCUUCUGAAGAAUUGAUUAAUUAGA